AUGAUUUCAUCACAGAAACGCGACAGUAACUGGAGGAACGCAAAUCUAGACCACAAAAAUUUCAAAAUCAAUUUUGAGCUUCCUCCUCUGGAACCAAUUGCGAUUGCGAGAGUGCUGCCGGAUGCGGAUCACUUAACUGCUUUGGCAGGCCAAAAUGAGAAUGAAGUUCUGGUCAGCAUAUGUACUGUUUAUUUCAAAAUUGCAGUUUAUCGCAUCAAUUUAUCUUUUAUUUUGAAUGGUGCGAGGAUGAUGCAGGAUGUUGAAGAAAAUAGCUCAAGCUCAGAUGUUUCUGACCCAUAA